AUGGCGGGAACGACAGAAGAGAAACCGGAACCAGUGGGAAGAUCCAUUUUUUUGGACGUAAGAAUAUGUGAGAUCUUGAAACAUUUAUUCUGUAGAGCAUUCAAUGUUCUUAAAAAAGGUCUUUUUGUCCUAGGUUUUCCGGAGAGCAGACAAAACCGGUGAGUGCCCAGUCUGCCUAGUGACGUGACAAAAUCGCUGACCCACAAAAAAUUCCGACAGACUACUGCUUCGUUGCAAGCUAAUUUGGACAAAUACAAGAUCUCACAAGUAGUAUCCGGCCCGGUUCAGGCGCCGAACUUUUCAUGAGCCGAACCUAAUUCGAAUUAAGGCCGACCGAAACUAUUUAGACUGCCUGAAUUGAUUCAGACGCCGAUCUUAAUCGAACUAAAUUCCAAAGGCUACAAAUGCUCAUUUUGGUCAAACAGAUUGGAAAACACGUUAUUAUAAUUUAUGCAUUAAGUUUGGUACAAGAAGAGUUCUGCCUCUGAAUCAAAACCGUUCCAAAGUCGUUCCACAGUCGAAAUUCCGGGCCGGGCUGGGCGUGAAGAACUGCUGAGCCGUUCCAAAUUGAAAUAGGUGUUUCUUAAUUGAUUCAGACGAACCUUCCAUGUACUUAUGCUGAACCGAGGUUGAAACAGAAAAUGAUUGGGGGGGUGGGGGGAAGAAGGCAGUGAGAUAAUUAUGGGCACGAUCCACCGAACCAAAAUUUCUGGAAAUUUCGGUCCAAGACUGACAUUUUCCGUUUUCCCAUGAGAAGUAAAAUAAUAUGGAUCUGUUCAGUCCAACCGGAAAAGUUUUGAAAACACUGGUCCACUUUUUGAGGUGGACCACUUUUCCUGGUGGGAUUGGUCAGAAUUUUGGUUGAGUGGAUCGCACCUUAUAUUCUCGCUGCUUUCUCUCCUCGCCUUCAUCCCCCACCCCCUUGAUCCUUGUCUUUUUCAUCCUCGGUUCAGCUUUCCCGCAGUUGUAUCUCUUACUACAAAAGAUAAAACACACCAAAAAAAAAAAUGCCAGCUAAGCAGGCUAUGUCCUAACUUUGCAUCUGACCCCAAGGUUUGCAGAUUAACCCUUCUUGCCUUGAUCUGAGUAUGUUUUUUGCUGUCAUAUGUACUUUGACAGGGGCAGGGAUAAAAUUGUGGGGGAUGUGUGAUCUACUCCAUUAACCCCGGGAGACUUCUGUAUCAGGGGGAGGGGGUUGUCCCAAUCUGAAUGUGGCUCAGGCUUCAUUGACCCUAAAGGCGAGACUAUACUGAAACAGACAAUAAAAUAAGACCAAAAAUAUAGUGAUUUUCUUAUUGAUAUCAAAUUCAACAUUGUUUACAAAUGCUUUCUUACAACACAAUGUGUAAGACAGCAUUGUUUGUUUGUUUCUUUGUUUGUUUGUUUUUUUUUUGUCAGGUUUCGCUUUAUAUGGAAUCCUUAGCAAUACCUGCCUGACAAUUAUAUUGACCCUCCAUCCUAAACACUCUAAGUGAGACCAAAAUCUGCAAUUUUCACUCCUUAGUAAGAUGACAAUCAUCCCUGUACUGGGUCCCUCUCCUAAAUAAAGGGUCUCAAUAAAAAUCCUGUAACUCAAAUCGUCAUCCCAACCCCCCUCCCCCCCUUCCCAGGCCUUUAGCCUGCAUUGGCAUGAAGGCAUUUUCUUUGGGGACAUGAAUCAUUAUGCUUGCAUAUAAAGUAAAGGAAAUAGUCCUUCUUUUGCCUAAUGCCUACCUCAAGGGUUGAUAUUUCUACUCUCUCUAAUCUUCCUCAGUGGUAAAAGCUAGGUGGUGGCCAUGGUAUUUAAUCAGCAUAAACAAGCAGCUUUUACUUGCCUAAAAAUGUACUUGCCAGGGCUCAAAGUUAACGACUAACUGUUCGCAUAUGCGACUGGAUUUUUGGUUGUGCGCCUGAAAAUUCAUGUGUAAUCGCACCUGUGCACUGUAAAACCCAAAGCACAGUGCGACUGACUUGCUUCUGACCAUACUUACGUACUAGAACUAGUAAGAUGUCAAACAGUAGCUUCAAGUGAUGAAAGUAAAAGUAAUGGAGAAUAGCACAACCAGGCUCUAAAUAAUAGGUUGCAUUGUUUUCCCUUCAUCUGUGUAUGUUUAAUUCGUAUUUUCUGCCAAUGGAUUCCACGAACUCGAAUGUUCAUUUUUGUUUCAAUGUUUUACUCCAUCCCAGACUCUUCUGUUGUGUAAUAAACGCCGCUGGCACAUGCAAAUAUGCUAUGAACGAAAUACGUGCUUUUUGCACAAUGGACGAUCAUGUCGAACUUUCAGUUUAAGGUCGAUCAAAACAAAAACAGUGUAAGGAAGUUUUUAAGUCAUAUCCCAGAUACAUGUAAGUAAUUGCGCAUUUAACAAAUUCAUUAAAGAUUAAUUUUCAUUCUCGCUCGACACACUCAUUGUUGUCAGUUUUGAAUUUCUUUUCAAGUGUAAGUGUUCUUUAGUCACAACUGUACUGUCGAAAAGAGAAAUUAGUAUUAAAACACAACAGUAUUACUGCAUAUAGCAAAUCGGCUGUUUUUAUCAAUCACAGGACUGAAAUAAAAGUAACAAACUGAAGAUGACAUAUAAACGUGGGAUGCUCCCAACGUUAUAAGCUGUGCUCCUAAACUUUUCAGUUGUUCGCCUAAAAUUUCGGCAGUGCGCCUAAAAAUUUACAUCUGGUAGCACCAGUGCUCUUAAAGUCAAAUUUAAACUUUGAGCCCUGGUUGCAGUGCAGGCUAGACACCUUCAGUUGCAUCUAGACCCACACGGGAUACUGAGCAUGGAUUUUAAUAUUGCAACUGAACUUGGUAUUCCAGUGGGUCUCUUAUUCACUAUUUGCUCAUUGCCCAUACAGUUGAACCUCGAUUAUCCGGACUUGUUGGGACUUGAGUAAAAAGUGCGGAUAAUCGAGGGUAAACAAGCUAAAUUAUGGGCAAGCUAUAUUAUGAGCAAUGUGAAAAAGAAAUGUUAAAAUAAUAGCUGAAUUAAAUCUUCUUUAAAUAAUACUUUUACUCCUUCCAAGCCCAGCUGGACAUGUUUUUUUUUUUACUUAAAUGUAGAUGAUGGAGCCCUUUCCUUAGAGGAAUUUAAAGCAUUUUUCAGUGAUGGGAUUUUGUCAAGUGAAGAUUUAGAGAAGCUGUUCCAUGAUAUUGACACCCACAAAACAAAGUAAGCAUGACUAAUCACUAUCUUCACACCAUAACAAAUAAUAUUUUAAAAAUCAAGGAAAGCAUGUAGCAGCAGCAUUUUACCAGCGCUGAACAGCCUCUGAACACUCAAUGAUUCUUAUGUUAAAGGAUAAGGGUUAGGAAACUGGAUGAAUCAAGUUCUUUUUAAUAAUUAUACAGAGCAAAAUGAACUGUAUUUUGGCUAGCCUGUUCCAGGCAUUCAGUUAGUAGAGCGCAGCGGUCAGAUGGUGGGGAGCAAGUUAAAUUGCACACCGGGAAAACAAGAGGAAAAAAAACGGGGGAGAAUGGGGCGAGAGCAAGGGAAUGCCUGUAAACAUUCUUAACAAAGGAUUGUUCCGGUAUACUGGAUCUCUUAUUGGUGGAUUAUGACAUCUGUUAACACUCGAGCACUCACUGGUGACAUUGAUGAGGAAUGCGAUAUGCAGGGAGAGGGACAUCUGUUAUCGAAUCAUGUGGACAUUAUAGCGACUAUAAACAACACAAUCAAGCAUUUCCUGUAUGUCAAAUCUUUUUGUGAUGAGCAGAAAAUUUGCUUGAAUCUCGUUCGCCAAGGCCAGGACGUUUUUGCAAUUCUUCCAACAGGCUCUGGGGAGAGCUUGAUUUUUCAACUCUUUUCACUAAUAAUGAAUGUAAUCAAAGGAAAAGUUGGCAUGUCAAUUUCCACAAUCAUCAUCAUUGCACCUCUCGUAACCAUAAUGAAAUACCAAGCUCAAGCGAUUUGGAAAAACACCAGCAACAGCCAUAGGUUGGGGGCAGGAGGAAGGCAUGGACAAAGGCAUGGACAAAGGCAUGGCAAUGUGGGGAAAGUGUGAGAUCAUUAAUACAAAUUUUAUGGAAGCCCAGAAAGCCAAAAAAAAUCUUGUUUGAAAGUUUUUAAUAUCUAGCCCCAAUAAAAAGAUUAAGGCCUUCACAGAGGUCAAAGAAAAUCAGUACUUAACUGCAUCUGAAAUCAAAUCCUUUCCGAAACAAACUGCAGGAAAAUGAUAAUUCUGCUCAGUAUGCAUGAAACAGACCAGCAUCAAGACCUCUUUAUAGAGUUAUUAGUGUUAGACUCGGUGCGGCAGGAAUUAGAUGUGCUCAGUGAAAAGAAGGAAAACCUCUAACAUUGUUUAUUGAAAGCUAAUUCAAAGGUCACGUUUUACAUGAUCACAAGCUUAUAGUUCACAUCUAGCCUGUCAACAGUUUAUUUCACAAUUCAGUCAAACUGUAGUUUGUGUUACAGUUGCACAGUUAAUGGUCAAUUAAGAGCGGAAAGAGCCCCUGUAAGGGAAUGUUUACAGGUGUUCCCUCCCCUUUUCCCCUCAAUAUUAUUUUUCUCUCCUUGAAUUUUUCUCUUGCACUCUACUACAGUAAAACUCCACGUAUAAGAACCUGGAUUUUUUAAUUUAGCCUUAACAGGUUGUUAUAUAAAUGGUACUUAAAGCAAAUUUAGACUACCAAGGUUCUUAAAGUAGGUUCUUAUAUUUUCAUAUGAAAUUCAUUUAAAUAUAUUAAUUUUUUAGAAAUAUCAUCUCAUAAUACAAUAUGAAUCAUUUAUUCCAUACAGUAAUGCCCAGAUGAUGAGAUGAUGAUCUUAAUUCAGCAGUUUCGACCUAUACACUUCAGGGCUUCAGAUAUUUCGCGGAAAAAAAAGCAAAAUUUUGCGGGAUUUUCACACUUUUACAGCAUCUCCACUGAUAAGAACGUAACUUAAAAUUUUAGCCUUAAUAGGUUUUUAUGUGGAGAGGGGGCUUAAAAUGAAAAUUUUAGCCUGAUAGGUUCUUAAAAGCAAGGUCCUUAUACGCAGGGUUUUACUAUAUCUGAAUGCCUGGAACAGGCUAAAUUUUGGUAGAUCUAACUUAUGAGUAUUGGAGGCUUCCUCAGACCCCUGCCCUGCUGCCUCUUCUUCAACAGAUUUGAAGAUUGCUUUGACUUCUUUUUGAUGCCAGGAAAGCUUAAUGAUUGAGUUGAUUUGAAUUUCAUUUUAAUAGUCUUUUCCAAUCACAAAUUUCAUUUAUUUUUUUAUUUCAGUAACUUAGACACUUCUGAGCUGUGUGGUAUGUAAAACUACUGUCAUUUGUUGCUUAAUCUUUAACAUUUAUUUUCUCUGGCCCCCUGACAAAUAGUCUUUGGUGUUAUUACAGAUAACUUAUUAUAUCUAUAGCCCUUAAAAAGUGUAAAGAAGAAUACAACAAAAUUUAUUUUUUAAAUAUUUUUCUGGUACAAGAUUUUCGUCCACUGAAAAUUGAAAUAAUUACUCAAUUUCCUGAUGGAUUCCAUCUUGAACCUGUGUUAUGGUUAAUUAUUAAUUUUUUUCUCUUUAUCAUACUUUAAAAAAAUAAUUUUUUUACUGUAUGUUAGACCUUAACUUAUCUGUGGAGUUCUAAUAAAUAUAAUUUAUAAAAGUUGAAAAAAGCUUGUUAUGUAACAAAAAUAAAUAGGUGAUAUCAGGGCUUGGAAAAAACUUGAAUUGCAGCUUUUCUUUAGGCGGCAUCUCAUGUUUUGCUUACCCUAGGCUACUUCUUGCUCAUCUUAGUUCAUGAUUUUAUUAGAGAAUGACUUGCCUGGAUCAUUGCCCAUUUUGCAAGUGAGCCUUCAAAGUUACUUGCCCUGUGAAAAAAAUCUACCUGUCCUGGACUACCAGACGCGACUUUUUUUUCGAGCCCUGAAUAUUUUUUCUUAUAAAUUGUGCAGAUUACUUCAUGAAGGAGAUGGGGCCUUUUUCUGAGAUCUUUGCUAAUUUGGAAAGCAUGAACCGAGCUGUUAGCAAUGCUCUUGUGGAGUCGGCAAAGGUAAACAUGUAUUUUUUGUUAUUUAUUUUUCUUAUAGCAUACAAUGUAAGAGUUUUAGAUGUAGGCUUUAUUUAACAAUGAUUCCAUGAGCUUGUGUUGGAUAUGAGUUGGCUAUAAUCAUCUCAUAUCCAACAACUGCAAGUGGAAUAAUAAUUAUUGUAUCAUUAAAAACACCCCCAAAAUAUUGAGAAUUUUUCCUGACUUUAUUUGUAAAAAUAAACAAUUUUCAGCUUGCUUUUAAUUUUGAGCCGACGCAUACAGUUACCAUACAUGUAUUUGGAGAGCAUGGUAUAAUGGCUCAUAUACCAUGAUGGCUAAGCCAAUCAGAGCUCUAGAAUUGCAUUAUCCAAUGAUUCAGUUUUUAAAAAUAAACAGUUAUUAUUCCACAAGUGUGCAUUGGAUAUGAGAUGGAUAGUCACUGAGGUGUGUAGCGCCAAGGUGGCUAUAAUCAUCUCAUAUCCACAAAGUGUUAGUGGAAUAAUUAUUGUUUUAUUAAAAAAAACCACAAAAUAUUGAGAAUUCUUCGCGACUUUAUUUGUAAAAAUGUCCGAUUUUCAGCUUGUUUUUAAUUUUGAGCAGACGUAUACAGUUACCUUAUUUGCACAGCAUGGUAUAAUGGCUCAUAUACCAUGAUGGCUAAGGCAAAGCUCUAGAAUUGCAUUAGCCAAUGAUUCAGUUUUUAAUAACAGAUUGUUUUCACUGUCACACAACAAAAACUAAAUUGGAAACCAUCCAGUGGAAGAAGCCAACAAAGUGAAAUGUUAUAAAAGACUAAUAAAAACAAUUUGUCCAACUCUCAGGUCUUUGUGUCCCACAGUUUCUGAGUUAUUUGCCGAAACAUUUCACUCACCUUUGUAGAGCUUUGUACGGAGACGCCAUAUUGGUGCACCGUUUUGGCUGCCUGAAAUCAACAAAAACAUCUGGAGUUCACUUUUUUUAUAAAAGCUCUUUCUUUUCACCCAGGAACUAGCAUAUGUGCGCAUAAACAUAUCUGCUAAAAAUCAAGAGGAGACACUUUUUUUCUACGAGACAGCAUUCCUAUUUUGCUGUCACGCACUGUGAAAACUCGGAAGUUCAAAUUGCUGUAUUAAAAAAAAAUCGCUGUAUUUUUGAAAAGAAACAUGCUACGAGAAUGGAAACUUGUACAAAGAUUUACUUUUUGAUUAUCUUCAACCUAGUGUAAAUAAGAAUUCAUAAAACCUCGCUAUUUUGACUUUACAAUUUGCUGACAUCACUGUGAUAACCAUCUAUAGGAUAUACUUGCUAGUGAACUAAUAUUAACAGAAAAGGUCAGGAGAUUUUAAAUACUACUUUCCAGCAAUCUUAUUAAUAUUACACAAUCCUUGUUUUCUGAAUCACAACCUUUUUACAAUAAUCACAAGCCUACAUGUAGUACACUUACCAUAACAAUCAUUUUCCAGCUUCUCUGAAUCUCAUGACAACACCCCUGGUAGAUGUGAAAUGUUGUUUCAAAUUUCUGCCUUACAUCAAUUUAGUUUCCUUUCGUAAACUCUCCUUUGAUGGUCUUAGUUAGUAUGAUUCAUGAAAAAUGGUUUUUCCUUAUCUUAUUUUUUUUCAGGAAUAUCCUGGCAAAUCCUUUAUUGGGAAAUUCACUACAAGGUUUCUCUUAAAUGAGGUAAAAGCUAUUUUCACAUUAUAUCAAAAAUUACGAACCACUAACACCUUUUGGGCACUAUUUUUUUAAUGAUAAAUAACAACAUAUCCCCAUCCACUCUUCUCGCUACCUAGUCAUCUUAGUAAUCCUGUCAUUACUAGUCACCCUACUCCUAGUCACCCAAGCCUCCCUUGUCACCCAAGUCACCCUUGUCAUCCAAGUCACCCUUGUCACCCAAGUCACCCUAGUCAUCCAAGUAACCCUUGUCACCCAAGUCAGCCUACUCACCCAAGUCACCCUUAUCACCCAAGUCACCCUAGUCACCCAAGUAACCCUUGUAACCCUAGUCACCCAAGUAACCCUAAUCCCCCACGUCACCCUUGUCACCCUAGUUACCCAAGUCACCUUCGUCACACAAGUCACCCACGUCAUCCUAGUGGGUCAUCGGGACGACUAGUGUGAUUAGGAUGACUAGGGUGAUUUGGGUGACCAAGGUGACUACGGUGACUAGGGUGACUUGGGUGACCAGUGUGACUUGGGGGCUAGGGUGACUUGGGUGACUAGGGUGACUUGGGUAACGUGGGUGACUUGGGUGACUGGGGUGAUCAGGAUGCCUAGGUUGACUAGGAUGAUUAGGGUGACUUCUAGAACAUUUUUAUUUUUACAUUUUACAUUUUCUAUACGUGCGCCGAAUGUGGUAAAGACGUGAUGUCUUAUUUUGCAAGUAGUUUAAGUUACUUGGGAGUUAAAGUAAAGAAAUCCCUAGAGUCUUUUAGGAGGCAGUUUCGCUGCAUUUUAUACACAUUGUAUAUGCUGUAGUUAAUUUUUCAACUCAAGUAAUUUUUAUGUUUCCUUUGUUUCAACUUCUUACAUUUGCAUACCCAAAAGCAAAAGAAAAACAAAAGUUACCUAAGAUAAAAAAAUUAACGAAAUCAUAUUUAUAUAACUUCUUGUGAAUAUUAAUAGGUAUCAGAACAACUGGAAUAAUCAUGUUAUGAUAUUCUUAGAACUGGUGAUUGUUUCUUAUUCAUUCUGAUCAAGGAGUAGAACAAAUAAUAGGACACCUGCAUGUAUUAUAAAAGCAUUAAUAAUAUUGUUAAUAUUGUUAGUUGUUAAUAUGAUUCAUGACAUUGUGUCACCGCCAUAAUUUAUUGUUUUUUAAUGUUACACAGAUUCAGGGUCAAAUGAGUUGCCUUGAACAUCAUAUAAAUGCUGCAGUUGACAAGAUUGAUGAAGAUGAAACAAAACAAAGGUGAGUCUAACGAAGGGUGCAUUCUAUUAGCACAAUCUUGUCCGAGAUCAGGAUCUGAGAUAACAUGGAUCAGAGUUGGUACAUCAAAGGAAUUCGUUAACCCACCCUGGUAAGGGAUAUACUUCGGUCAGUUCAGUUGAUGUACCAUGAUCUGCAGUGAUCUCAUAUCCACGGCAAGGAGGGGAGGGGGACUACCACAUAAAACGGGAGCUGAGAUGCUCGUCGGAAAUUUUGAAGAAAACGCGUAAAGGUGACCAAUUUGGGCGUGGCCCAACCGUUUUUGACCUCCAAAAGAGACCAUUUUGAACUUUGAUUACAUGAAUGGAGUAAACAAAAUGAGUUGAAAAAUAUAUAUAUUUUUAUAUUUCUUCGCACACAACCUUUAUGGCUAAAUAUAGUGGCGUUUUGCCCAGAACAACCUAAGUGAGACCAAAAUCCAAAAUUUGCAUCACUAAGCGAGACGACAAGCAUCCCUGCCCCUUUCACAUGGGAGUCUCCCCUGGGCUCUGAUCACUAAUCUUGAGCCGGGUCACCCCAAAGGAAUGCACGCAAAGGAACUGGUCUAGAGACCUGACAAACACAAUUUUUGUUUAAUACAAACGGUAUACAUAUCUGAUGUUAUGAGGCAAAAUUUUUGCAUGCUGAUGGGUGCACUUAAUUAGCCAUGCCAAAGCAAAAAUAUAAUGACACCUACCAAAUUUAAUUGUGAAUAAAGACUUAUAAAUUUAAAUGAAGAUACGAUCGUCGCUGUCGUAAUUGCAAUUUAAGCAAUGGCAAAUUAACAGGAAAAAAAUUCCGGGACUGCAACGGGAUUUGAACCCAUGGCCUCUACGUUACCACUGCCUAAUGUUCUAAGAACAACAACAACAAGCUUUAUUUGCAGGACCAUACAUUACAUAUAGUAUUUCAAAAGCUAUUUAUAAGACCUAAAAUUUAAUCACUGGCCAAUUAAACUACUUUGUUAAUAAUUCGUCGCGAAAGUCGAAGCAAGCUGAAAUAUAUCUCAUGAAUUGUAAAUUAAUGUAGCAGUUAGAUGUGUUUUCUUCAGCUCAUUGAUCAAAACGUUCACGAGUAACUGGGUAACAUUUGGAAUCCGAUUCUUAACUUUAUUGUAAAAACUAUUCUUAAUCAAAGAGUUCUAGAACAAUUAAAAAGAAAGUGAAUUUGCUCUAACCAAUUGAACUAUGGAGACCCAUACAUUAGGAGCAGGUCAAUUUGUCGAGUUCAUCUUAACCCAUGAAUGGAAUGAAGCAAUGAAGAUGAUGUGAACUGCGGAAACACAAAUUUAAAUGAAGAUAUAUAUAAAUGGAUCCAGUUGAGGUCCCGAAAUUUUUUGGGGGUGUAAUAAUUUACAAUUACUUAAACUGCAAUUACAACUGCUAAACUGCGAAUAAAGAUUAACUCUGUAUAAUUAAGGUGCGGUAGCCCCUACAGCAGAAAAAAGGAAUUUCGCAUACGCUAAUAAAAUUUGGUAAUCUCAGCUAUAUAUCAUGGGGAUACAAACCUUCACCUGUUAUACAUGUAGCCACGGUACCAUUCAUCCUUUGACCUUACACUCAAGACUUGCUUUGUUGUCAUUUGAGAAGGCCUGAUGUCUGUCAAGCUGAAGUUACAAAUGUGAACAUUAGAGGAGGAAGGAUGAAGAGAAAAAUGCACUCAUUUUCACAGCAAACAAGUCUUGAUGGUAUGUAAAAUAAAAUUGUCAAUAAUAUUUAAACAAACGAAAAGGAGUAUGAUCCUCGCGGUUGAAUGAACAAUCUAUUAGGCAGUUGAAAAAGAACCUGAAAAAAAUUAGGCUUGAGUUUACUUGUCCCUGUCAAUCUUGAAAAUGUUCAGGUUCUUUUUCAGCCGCGUAGGCUGUGAGAAUCAUAUAUGCUUUCACAUCUUUAUCUUUAUGUAUUAGUUAAUUAAUGCGUUCAUAUUUUGUUCUUAACUAAUGAAUACAUGUACAUCAUUCUAUUCACGUACAGCAUCUCAGCAGGCAUUAAGACAUGGUUUGUCUUUAGAGGUUGAUAGACUAAAAGAGCUCAUCGGCAAACUUGAAAAUAAGGUACAGUUUUUCUAGUUAUUUAAUUUAUUUAUUGUUUUUGCAUUAAGUGGGAUUUACUUUACUUGUCGGCAUGGUUUUCUCUGAUUUUGUUCACGUCUUUGUACAUGUUUUUGGUGUGUAAUGGUGCUGUACAUGUAUUUAACCUUUUUAAUACAACAACUGUUAUAUUUUUGUUAACUAGCUGGCCUGUGAGCAAGCCCUUGGGGGGUGGCCAUAGGCAAAGAAAAAAGCAAGCGCUAGCUCUCAUUCUCUCCCGACACCUUCCCUACCCCUCAAGAGCUUGCUAGCAGGCUAUGUUUUCAUUGUUAAGUCUGAUACAUUUAACAGGUCAAGUUUGAUGUUAUCGAUGAAGAAGAAGUAGAACUUGGAAAUGAGCAGUUGGUAAAUAAAAUUCCAUUUAUACUUUGUCUAUUAAAAAUUUGUUAUCCCCGAAGUAUUAGUAUAAUACAGUGCAGGGCUGUCACUUUGUGACGGGGACCGGGGAUCUCCUCGGCUACUAUGAGCAUGACCCCGGCCCAAGCUUCUUUCGUAGGAAGCAAACACUUUUCUGUGUGGCUUUUCAGGUGGUUUUGGUGUCUAGGAAAUUCCAAGUUCAUUCCAAGGCAGGAAAGGCUUUUCGCUCGAAUCUGAAGAGCUACAUAGCGUCAACAUCAAUGGCAGAAGGCUGUUUGCAGUAAGUGCCUGGCAAUAUUAAAAGGGAGUUUAAACAACAACAUUUAAACGGUCACGGCUUCGAAAACGUCACUUAAAAAGUAAAUUUGGACUACCUCAAACUUUAUCGCGCUUAUUCCAACUCGUUCAAUUCGUCAAAUGUUGGCAGUUAUUUCUGGAGCUGAAUUCUAAAAGACUCUAUCAAAGUUCAGGAAAAGAAAAAGAAAGUCGUUGUCUUGUGUUCACGUCCACGAUAAAACGCGAAAUUAGGCACUUUCACGUUGUAGUCGUGCAUCGACGGCAAAAGAAUGUACAAAAAUCGUGAUGCACGUGUAAAGUUGUUGUUUUGCCAGUUCAAACCUAUUGCUUUAUUGCCGUUCUUGUUGCCGUUGCCGUCGCCGUCGUUGUUGCUUAAGCUCCCUCAUCAUUUUGACCCUGCUACGAGGCACAAACCCUGUAGCCUAUAAAAAUGCCUUGCAUGCAGGCUUUUAAAUCAGUUAGCAAAUGAUUAUUCUUCCCUUGAAAAUACAGAUAAUGUACGUUGAAAGUAAUCAACAUGAUCAUAAUUAUUUCCACCGUUGCAGCCUUGGUGUGCGCACAAUCACGGGAACAUAUACAUUUAUGGUUUAUGAAAUCUGGGCAAAUAGUGAGGAUUUGAACAGGUAAGAAAUGUUAGCAUAAUAAUUUAUUACAGUUAUGAAACCUCCAUGUCCAACCACCCCUUAUAAGCGACUGGCUUCUUUAUGGGAUCGUGUAUCCAAAACACCAAAAUCUUCCCAUUCCAAGUCCUAUACAGUAGUUGAGACUUAUCAUAAAAGACCACCCUCUUGUGUAAGCGACCCCAACCACUUUGACUUGCUCAGCGGGGGAAAAUCUUUCAAACCAAAUCCACAGUUACAGUCACGACUUCAUACCCUGGGUACCACAGGUAUUUUCUCGCAAGCGACGGAAAGCAUCGAAGUCAGCCAACAGCUGACACUUUCUCGGUAAAGGUUUACCCUGCCUCGCAGGCGCUUGGAAGAGCAAGAAAGAACUAGGUCGCAAGGGAGACCCGCGAGAGAAGAAUGAUUGGCUGGUUAGUUUUGUCAUUAACGCAAGUCUAUGAUAAAAAGAAUGCAAAUGGUGAUGACUAACCUUAAACAAAACACAUACACCAACCGAGAGUUUUGACAGGAACAAUGCAUUUAUGUUUCAUGCCGAUUCACUUGUAAUAUGGUAAGUUUUAGGUCACAUUUACGAGUCUCUUGGGGAUGGUAUUGGUCGAGUUAUGUAAUGCUUAUAGGCAUGUGUUUAAAAGCGCACCUUGCCUUCGAAGUGCUCUAUGAAUGACUUUGCAUUCUCUCUCCCGCCAACCGUUCCUUCUUGCGCCCAUUUAAUACUUCCAAGCGCCUGCUACACAGGCUAGCAGAAAUCACUGCCCAGUGGAUAAUCAUUUACGUUAUCCUGAAGAAAGCCCUACUCACCAUUUGAACAAAUGGAGCCACCUUGCGGCUUCACCGCUUGCCGCUAAGGUUUUACACCCGGUCACUCCACUUUCCGUUAAGUUUCGAAAGUAACGACCCUUUCAAAGGUGUUAGAAAAUCCCGGAAGUAGAGAUCCGCCCUUAAAUAAUGACCCUUCGAAAGUACCGACCUAAAAAGUAAUUUCCCUUUUUUGAAUGAAAUAAAGGAAAUAAUGGGCAAUCAAACUGAUCCGAAAUUUAUUUUUAACGAUUAUAAUGAUCUUUGUCAUUCCUAUUCAAAGGACACGACUAUAAAAUCUCUUAAAAUUUUAUAACAUUUUUUUCAAAAAUUAUUCUUCUCUUCUCUGAAAACUCGCACCGAAAUCAACCAAAUAAUUCUUUCAAAUUAUUAUUCAAAGCAAUAAAUUGAAAUAAGUUUCUUCAAUAAAAUGUGUGGAUGCAUGUUUUCACUUUUUGUGCGAUGUUAUUACCGUAACUUCGAACGGCUCGGCCCAUGUACAGUACACGUUUUAGCUACCCGCCAAAAGUAGCAGGAGAAGGCUGCUAAAUCCGAAAGUAACGAGGGUCGUUACUUUCGGAACUUUACGGUGGGGGACUGUUGCAUCUGGCUUUAGUUAUUAUUACAGAAUUCAUGGGCACAAAUCCAGGUGGAACUUAGCUUUUAUUUUACACGAUUCGUUUAAAUUUUCCAGCAAAAUAACAUUAUAAUUUUAAUACUUUUGUAAACAGCCACUUUUCUUCAGACACCUCUAAGAUGUUCAUGCGUGGUAACAUUGAUCACUUAGAGCAACCUGAAGAGUACCACAAGAUGGCUGUUCCUGGUAAGUUGAAGUUCCUUUGAAAUAUUAAACUUAAAUUCCUGAAUGAAAAUACGACCAUCAGGUUGCCAGGGAAUACCCUUACCCCCACCCUGUCAGAAGUUGUUAUCAAAAACCUUUGCCCCCACCCUGUCAUCAGUUGCCAGCGAAUACCCUUACCCCCACCCUGUCAGCAGUUGCCAGCAAAUACCUUUACCCCCAACCUGUCAGCAGUUGCCAGCAAAUACCUUUACACCCACCCCGUCAGCAGUUGCCAGCGAAUACCUUUACCUCCACCCUUGCUCAGUGAGACUCGGGAAAGCGCUCAUUAAGUACCGAGGUCAAAAUUUCUUCGAAUAUUCUUUCAGGAACAACAACCAUGGCGUGCCUCUACGUGCCUUGGUCCCGUGCAAAUGUUAUUGCGAGUGCAGCAUACAAACAAUUUUCUUCCCUAGUAGAGAGAGGCAAAAUGAGGUGUGAAAAUCCUCAGCGUCCCCUCGGUAGUUACAAUUAAACGAGCCAAUCAAAUUGGUUUGCGCGUUUGAAAAACUAUCAACCAAUCAACGCCCGAGGGUCAGAUCCUGACCCUGUCGUCAGCAUGAAAGUGAGAUUCGAGGCCAAGGUAACCAGAGGUUUUUCUCUCUCUCCUCGUCGCUUUCGCGACUCGUUGUCGCCGCUUCGCGGUUUGCUCUUGAUCUCUUUCGCGAAGAAAAAUCAAGAAAAACCUCUGGGACCAGGGUAUCGAAACGUCAAGUUUCUUUUAUACCGUAAAUUUUUCUUUUAAAACACUGUUUACGUUCUCUUAAAUUUCUAGCUUCUUGGUGGAGAGGAUCAACCAGCUAAACAACUCAGUCUCCAAAGAAUGCAGGCCUUCUUAGUAAUAAUUAAAGUAUCGUAGUCUUUAUCAGAUAUACAAAGCAAGCAUUGGUACUGAACUGGGUGGAUUGUCUCAGAAAACCGUGUGUCGGUUUUAUUUUAUAAAGUACGUGAUUUUAUUGACAAUCUUCCCAAAAAAUUCUCGCAGAAAACGGCAAAGUGAAAAAAAAAACAAAACAUAAAAAAUAGAAUCAGCCCGUGCCCCUCAUUGUAACACUCAGGUAGAUCUAAUAACAUAUUUGACGGGCGCCUGGAAAAAAAAGCACCAAGUGAUUUAUGAUUACACUGUUCGAUUCUCCUUUCAAAUAGUGUAAAUAGCAGAGAUCUAAUUAAUAGAAAAAAGAAAACUAUUGCACUUUCCGGCCUUUUUUAUUGUAUCAAUUAAAAUUAACUUUACGGCCACUUUCAAAUUACCAGUUACAUAUAUUUGAGUACAUUUUUCUUUGGUGGUGGAGUUUCAAUAUUUUACUUUUUGCAACACGAACUUUCUGCAGUUAAAUUAAAUCAAACGGAAGAAGAAACCUAACUGUCUACUGUCUACUUUAACUGCUUUGACCUACGCAUUGUAACUGUCUACUUAAAGAGGUGUAUGUUGAGAGAAAGUCGACUGUACUUCCCUACUUGAACGUGUUCAUUUAAUAUCGAUAAAUGAGCUUAACUUUCUUUUCACUUUUUUGUCUCUUUAACUUUGCAUCAAUAACAUCUUGACAUCAAAG